AUGGCACCUGUGGGAAAAAAACUCAAUACACUUUCGACUCCAAAGGCGAAAAAUGUUCUAGUUCAGAAAUGCGAAACGGUCUCCAUAAGAGCGCUGCUGGUGUUCUUGAACGACACCUUGGAUUGCGAUUUGCGAAGCAUGGACGAGUUAAAAACUGGAGCAGUGUACUGCCAAAUAAUGCACAGACUCUUCCCCACGACUAUCCAAAUUCAGAAAGUCAAGUUUUAUACGAACUACAAGAGCGACUUUGAGAUCAAUUUCCGACUGCUGCACAACUGCAUGACCAAACUGAAUAUAAAGCGCUAUAUGCCGGUAGAAGAAUUAAUUGUGGGCCAUAAUCACGUGGACUUUUGCAACUGGUUAUACAAGUUCUAUAGGUUCAACGACGAUGGGAAGGAAUACGAUGCGAGAAAGGUGAGAAAAGAUAUGCCUAUUGGCCUGAGCAAAACUCCAGAGCUGGCUAGUUUUGCAACUGGAAGCCAUAAUGCCAUGUACAAAUGCCAAUCGAUGAUCUUUAACUACGCAAAAGAAACGUCCAGAUUCCAAAGGAGUGGAAGUCUGGACGGUCGAAGCUGUAGACCGACCAAAUCUAAAAAACCUGAGCCCGAAAAGCAAACCAAACCGCUGCUAUUAAAGAAAGAACAACCACCUAAGGACUGUGAAUUCCUUGCCGAUUGUAGAAAAGUUUCUCUACCCCCGGAAACCGAGGAUGAGAGGGAGGAACUGAGCGCAGAGCAAUCUCAGCUGCAAAAGCUGUUCAUGGAAAGGCUCAAUGCGAAGAAGAAAGGUCUCUCCGCCGAAACAUACACAAUCAAAACUUCAAAGAACUCGACGAACUAUUCAAAACCCAAGGAAUUUACCUCUUUCAAAGCUCUUAGCCAAGAGUUCAAACAGGCCACAAAGGAUCUACAAAACAGGAAUGAGAUUAUUAGCCAUUUAAAUUACGAAAUUAGUCGCUUAACCACAAAGCAGGAAAUGCUUGCUAAAAAGGUGUGGACUGUGGAGCAAAUACUGACCAAAUACGGCAAUAAUCCAGCGUACGCUGUUCAGGAACUAAAGGAGAUCAUCUUCAAUAAUUCGCAAAUGGCAGCAGUUAGUCCGCGUACUAAACCUGAAUAUUUAAUGCCUAGAAAGGACGAUGGAACCGCAUGUAGCAAAUAUGUGGCCAACAAGCAGAAGCCCGUCAAGAACUCAAUGCCUACACGUUAUUGCAGCGAAUUCAGGACAUGUCUUGAAAUUUCACCCAAGAAAGAGGGUAAGAAAAAAAAGGCAAAGGAACCUAAUUUCGGUGAAUUUGUAUGUGAUAGGUGCCAUUUGAGGGAUGAUCAUCGCCGACUUGAUCACGAAGUGGACUAAUGUAGACAUCAUAGGCGCUUUUCUAGCGAUCGUUAUGCAGACCAAAGGUCCAACCAAAGGUCCACCCUUCAUACUCGUGUAGUGCCCCGAGACGAAGAUUUCACUAGUUCCAGGAAAGAAGGGUCAAAUGUUACCAGGUUGCUGAAUCAGAAAGAUUUAUCAAUAGGGAAGAAAUAACUUAUUUUCAAAUGAAUCGGACAAAUUUCAUGGAUUGCAAGCAGGAAUUCCUCGUUAACAAUACCUUUUUUUU